AUGCCCCUCUCACUUAAGGAUGGACACCCAACAUUGUUUACCAUUAAGUUGUACCAUGGAGGUGAGUUCACCAAGUACCCUGAUGUUCGUUACAUUGAUGGAACUGUAAACUAUGUUGACAUGGUAGACAUAGAUGAGUUUUCAGUUCAUGAGCUCGAUGCAAUCAUGAAGGGUUUUAGAUAUGGGGUUCCUCCUGUUAUAUACUACCAUUUUCUUGUGCCUGGUGGAGACUUCCACUUUGGUCUUCGCCCUUUAGGAAAUGAUCAAGAUGUUGCAAACUUUUCUCAAUAUGUCAGUGAGCACAAAGUGAUGAAGGUAUACACAGAGCAUGGUGAAACAAGACUACUCACCUAUUUCUUGAAUCCUAAGCCUGUUACCAAGGUUACCCUUGUACAGUUAGAUGAACCACAUGAGGAUGUGCAACACAUUGAUGAAGCUCCUGAUGACCAAUCAAAGGAAACACCUGUGAUGACUACACCUACUGAUAAUUUAGUUGAUGUGGUGCCCACUCAAGCAAACCAACCUGAAAUCCAAGUUAAUGAAAUAGUUCAAGUCGUAUCCUUAUCACCUGGAUAUAAUAGGAGAAGGGGUAUGAGCAAGGAUGGAGUGAUGGCAUCUUGCAGUAAGAAAAUAUACUUUGAUGAUAUUGGUGAGACUGAACAGAUAGCCAAAGACUUUGUUGAGGCAGCUACUGAUUUUGAUAUUGGACUCUACCAACAAAUACUACAAAGCAAUGUUGAUGGAGUCAAUGGCACUGACAUGCAUGAUGUCAAUGAACCUCAGAUGGAUGAAGAAAUCCAACCUCAAAUGGAUGAAGAAAACCAAGCUCAGAUGGAUGAAGAAAACCAACCUCAAAUGAAUGACUUUUGGGAUUUUGACUAUCAAACUGAUGCUUUUGUCCAAGAUGGAAGUGAAAACCAACCUCAGUCUAACAUGGAUAGUAGUGGAAAAGAAAAUGUAAGUGAGGUUGAAAGUAAAGAAAGAAGUGAAACAGAGCAGGAAGAUGAUAGUGAUGAUAGUGAUUAUUGGGUGGAUGAAGAUAAUGUAAUUGAAGAUAUUGAAGUUGAUAUGAGGGAUUUUAACAUGAGCAUUGAUACAGAAGUAGAGUUCUUAGAUAAAAGGGCUAGGAAUCCUAGACAACAUGAGAGUGAUGAAGAAGCAGAUGAGUUAGAUGUCAUUGACAAUGAUGCUUUUGAUUCCAUGGAUGAGGAUUCUGACCAGGACAGGAAGAGAAGAGCAGUUUUGAAACAACUAAGUAAGGAAAAAAGUUGUUCUUUAGGUGAGGUUCAUAAGUGUCAUUUUAAAAUAGGUCAAAAGUAUAACAGUAAGCAGGAGUUGAAAGAGAAAAUCAAAAUGCAUGCAUUGGAAACAAAAAAGAAUAUUGCAUUUAAAAAAAAUGACAAAUCCAGAUUGAGGGCCAUAUGUAAUGGAGUUGUGGCAUUUACUAAUGAUGGAGUUGGUGGACCUACCCAAGCUGAAAAAAGUAAAGGGAAAAUUAAAGGGAAAAGUAAAGAAAAGGACAAACAAGGUGGUACAAGUCAGGAAAAAGCAGAUUCUUCUUGUCCUUGGAUGUUACAUGCCUCGAGGUCUACAGAUGCAAGCAGCUGUUUAUAUGACAAAUCAGCAUAUGAAUGGUUGAAGUCAAUACCACCACAACAUUGGGCAAAAAGCCAUUUCACAGGGAGAGCAACCACAGACAUGCUGUUAAACAACCUUUGUGAGGUAUUUAAUGGCAAGCUAGUUGAUGGGAGAGACAAACCAAUUAUUAGCUACUUGGAGUUUAUUAGGGAAUAUAUGAUGAAGAGGAUAUGCAAUGUCCUCAAGGUGCAACAAAAGUGUUUAGGCCCACUCACCCCAACAGCAACAAAGAUCAUGGAGAAGAAUGAAGCAGCUGCUACUCAGUACAUUGCAGAAUGGUGUGGUGAUGAAAAAUACCAAGUCAAAGGCCCAUGGAAUGAUCAACAUGUUGUUGAUAUGCAUGAAAGGGUAUGCAGCUGCAGGAAAUGGGAAUUAACAGGUAUCCCUUGCAGACAUGUGAUUUCUGUGUUUUAUAACAAAGCAGAUCAUGGUGAGUGUGUACAAGAGCUCCAUACUUAUGUCCACAAGGUGCACUGGCUACAAACUUGGAAAACUGCAUAUGGGUACAAGGUGGAACCAAUUAAAGGUCGGGCAUUGUGGCCUAGAAGUGAGUGUCCAAUGCAGAUCACACCUCCCCCACACCGUAAUCAACCUGGGAGACCCAAGAGGAAGAGAAGGCAAUCCAUGGAGGAGAAAAGUCAAAGCAAGAGUCAAAGUCAGAGUCAAAGGUCAGAUGUUGGUCCCAGUGAGAUUCAUGGUCAUGGUCCACAUGGUAGUGGGAAACUAACAAGAAAGUUUGUUAGUGUGACUUGUAGUAAGUGUGGAAACAAAGGGCACAACUCCAGGACAUGCAAAGGUCAGGGAGGGACUUGA